UCCACCCCUUUGCCUUUUGGGUCAAGGCUAAGUGAGGCUCCUUGGCGUUUGGCCGAAACAGCAAAGACUGAAACAGAAACUCAAUAGAUCCGAGUGAUCUGUCUGUCUCAUCAUAUCAAACUAGAAACUUAUUUAAAAGGUUCCUAGAUCUCUAAGUCAUCUGGUAUUUUGGUAGCCAAACCGUGCCUCGAAAGCCAAACUUCAUUCCAACGACGAACUUUCGACAGCUUGGACGCCACUCAAAGCUCCGAACUAUUGUAACACUCAGUUCAUCGACGACGAGAGAUAGCGGCCUACAAUAUGAGCCAGACUUCCAGCAUUGGGAGGGCGGCAGGACCAAUCAUGAAGCCCAUUCGAGUUGCCGUCAUUGGCGCCGGUGCUUCUGGUUUGGUCACAGCCAAGUACCUUCGUCAGGCUAGACAGUACUUCGGCGUACCUGAUAUCGAGGUCCGGAUCUUUGAGAGGGAAGACGGAGUGGGUGGUGUCUACAAAUAUAAGGUCUACGAAGAAGCCGAGAUGGUGUCGUCCAAGUAUCUCACAGCGUUCUCGGACUUUCGUGUGUCAAAAGACCUACCUGAUUUUCUGCCUGUAGAGGAUUACGUUCGCUACCUCGAGGGCUUCUGCACCCAAUUUGAUCUUUGGGGCAUUAUCGAGACGAAUACGGAGAUUGUUCGAGUUUCUCACACAGCCAAUGGCCACCGCGUCAUUUUUCGCCGAUAUCAAGGUUUGGAAGUUGCAGAGAGCCAAGCCGGAGAGGAGUCAUGGGACUGUGAUGCCAUCGCCGUCUGCUCCGGUCUUAAUAACGUGCCGUCCAUCUCAUACAUCGAAGGUCUUGAGAACUUGAACCAUCUCCACUCUUCCGGAGUGAAGGAAAGAACGCAGUUUGGGUUGAAUACGUCUGUGAUGAUCCUUGGAGUUGGGGAAACGGCAAUGGAUCUAGCCCACCUGGCCGUAACUUCAGAAGCCAGGGAAGUGGUGAUGUGUCACAAAGGUGGUUUCUUUUGCGCAAAGAAGGUUGUCCCUUUACCAGUCGUCAUGCAGGUUUGGAAGCCGGAUCCUCACCAGAAGCCAGUCGACACAGCAAUCGCAAGUUUCCUCGACACGGCAUAUCUUCCAGAGCGUCUUCAACACUCCAGCCUCCUCUGGAGCGUGUACGACAAGACGUUCAAGGGUCUUCAUUACCUCUCUGGCGGGACGGCGGCUGGCCCGGAUCAGUGGGUCGGAGAGAUUGAGGGUGAACGCAAUAACGUUGACUCCUUGUUUCUGGUCAAGUCCGACCGCGCGCUACCAUAUCUCAAUGAGGGAAAUCGGCCACAAGACAUUUUCUCUCGCAUAAGGGCUUUUGUGAUGAAUAUUGAGUUGAAAAACACGAGUGGCAGAAAGAUAUUGACGGCACCUUGGCCAUUGGCUUUCCGGGACGAUGGGACUGUCGUGUUUCCGGACAGCAAGAAGCGUGAGCACAUUGAGGCGCUGUCCCAAGUCAUCAAGCCCGACUUGGUGGUCUCCGCAACUGGAUACGUGCGUCGAUUCGAUUUCCUGGACGAUGAUUACCCAAAACCCAAUGAGCUGGAUGUACGCGGAAUCUGGAGGCGCGGAGAGGUGACUGCGGGCUUUAUUGGCUUCGUGCGGCCUGGCAUUGGAGCUAUCCCGCCUCUCGCCGAACUACAAGCCCAGCUAUGGGUUCUCAAUCUCCUCCGGCACAGGUACCCUCAACAGAUGGCUCUGCAUCCUCCUGAUGCCAGCCAAGUAGAGUCUCACGGUGAUGCUAUUCCUCACUAUGAGAUCGACUACGCUCUCAAGGCUCGAGGCGGACAUGACUUGUUCAAGAGCAAGCACGGUGUUGAACAGGAAUCCUACGCAUAUCAGCUUGCUCUUGACAUGGGUAGCGCGCCGACCUUUUCAUUUAUGAAGCGUCAGGGGUUUAAAGCAUUCUACACAUGGGCAAUGGGAUCAAACUUUAACACCAAAUUUCGUCUCAUUGGUCCAUGGAGAUGGACAAAGGGCGCGCUGCCUAUCAUGCGCGGCGAGCUGUUUGAUGUUGUCAAGCAAACAGGGGGUGGUGUUUUCUUUUCGACGUACACGCUUCUACCUCUCGUGCUAUUCGGUUCCCUGACUCUCCUUCUCCAUGCCACAGCAGGUAUUUUAAGGCUGGUCGGGAUGAAAGAACGGGCCAACAGAAUGCUCGGUACAGGGAACAUUCCACGUCGAGAGGGGGAUAACCUCUGAGAAACGGAGGACAGUAGUUAGUCCGCAGCACGCACCAGAUAAUGGUCAGACGGAGCAGGAUCGGGAAAUGUGUUACUUUUGUUACUUUGAAUAAACACGGAAGGCUUUGGUGAGAGAUGGGCUCGCUUGAUUGCAAGAUAGGUACCUUAGUAUGUCGGAUUUGAUAACUUGGGUUGAUGAAGUUCCCCUCGCAGUGAGCGCUACUGAGCU